AGCCCCAAACGUUUGCUCGUUCCUCGGUUUCCUCCUCCUCCAUCAGCUGAGAUGGAGCUGGGAGCCUGGGAGCUCGACUCUAUGGCUCCAGGUCCAGGCAGGCCACUGUGUCUGUGUGUGAGCUAUUUGGAAAUUGGAAUUGGAAGGGGAGAAGAGCAAAGCUGCGAAAACCGUCAGAGCCAUGCACUGCCACUGCUGCUGCUCAUCGGCGUCGAUCCCCUCUACACUGGAUCGAGUUCCCCUAUGCGUCUGGACGCGGCGGAGCUCCAUCAAUCCCCUCCCCAAAUUGAGACGCCAGAUUGAUCGUGGAUGGCGAGGAGCGAGCGAUCGAUCGAUCAUCACGAGCAUUUGCCUCAACAACUCGUUCUGGGAAACAAAUGGGGGGAAUGAAUCGGAUCGGGAUUCGGGAGCGCGAGACCCGCGGCGGAAGCUUAAUUGGCAUUGUUGUUGUAGGCGCCGCCGCCGCCGCCCACACCGCGCAUCAACCAUCAAGUAGGGGAAGGGCUGAUUCGCCGCGGAUGAUGCGCGCCUCUCUGCUCGCUCCUCUCGAGUUGAGCGCUGAUCUCACCCCGCCGUUACCCAGUGCCAGGCACUUCGCCUCGAGGGGCUCAUGCUUCCUUGAACUCUGACCAGGAGGAGACUUCUUCAGAAUAUGUGACUACAAUCAAAAGAGGAAGGAGCAAUCCCAGGUAAUAAAUCAGUCAACUUCUUUACAGUAGUAGGUAAAAUGUGAUUACUUUCAAAACAUAGCAGAACAUUUAUGUUAUUUAUCUCUUAACUUGUUUACAUUAACUAUGCACUGGAAACAAUUUAAAUGCUCAUCUUCACUAAAUUCCGGAUAUUAGCAAUUUUUUUUUGUGCAGUAGAUUAUGUUGAUGCUCUCUUCUAAUUCAUGUUGCUAAUUUACUGUAGUUAGGAGGAACCCUGAGAAGUUUUUAACCAAGCUUCUUAUGUGUAUUUGAUACAUUGACUGUCUUGCAAACUUUGUUUAACAGGCAGGUACCUGAUCAUUGUAGAUAUAAAAAUAACUUCACCGAGCAAAUUUUUUUGUCAUGUUUUGGAUCCAUACUCUAUUCCCUCUUUAUUCUUCUCAUAAUUAUCCAAUGAUGAAAUAUUUGCCUUUUUAUUUUUGAGCUCUAAUUUAUGAGGAUCAUGAAUUGAGGGAUUACUUAUGUUUCUUUUGCUACAUGUGUUUCACGCGUUAUGCUUAAUCAGUUUGCCAUCUCGACCUGAAUUGGAUGUAUAUGCUGGUGCAGAUUUUUUUUGACCGAUUGUUUUUUCUCUUUCUGUUUAAAUCUUCCAGUUGUGAUUUUAUCAUAAGGUGCCUGUAUAUGUAAUUCCUUUGCUUGUACUCAUGCUUUCUUCUUUUGCUUUUGCUCUGCUUCUGCUCUUUGUUUCCUGGUUUGCUGCUUUCGAAAUGAACAGAUCAAUGGAUUGUUCUUGAGAUCCAUCAAAAUGAAGCUAGCAGGCCUAUGAUCCUUCUGUGGCCAAUACGAGCACCCUUUUGCAGGUAUUGCUUUAUUAUCAGAAUCUUAAAAAAUGACUACCCUUCCCUUUCAUGAAAACAACGUUUUACAGAUAAAUGUGAAUGCUCCUCUUGUCUGCAGUAGACCAGUAGUUUGAGUCUACCUUUCUGUAAGCCUCACUACAAUGUAUUUGUGACAACAAUACCACCUUCCUGUUCAUUGGCUAAACCCAGCACUACAGAUACUCUGGUGUCUGGUCGCUGUUUUAUUUACCAUAUCGUAGUGCUGAAAUUUCUCAGUGGUCUGUGUGUAUAAUGUGAAAGUCUUCACAAGAUCAUGAAGCAACAUUAUUUAUCUCAGUCCCACUCUUCGAGGUGUUCAAUUGUUCAUGCCUACUUGAUCAAAUAAAUGAUAUAGUACUUCAGCAAGCUAUUAUAUAUUGGCUCUUCUUUUCAAUCUCGGUCACUAGAUGUUGCUAGUCCUGCAACUUGGGUAGGUUCAGACUGAACCAUUCAGGGUGUUGCCCUAAUAUUUUGCACGCCAUUUCAAAAUCCAUCAGAGUCAACCUCAACUGUUGAAGUAGUCCACAUAUGUUAGGAAAACGGUGUUGCAUCACCUUCACUCAGGCUGAUAAGCCUUGUAUCCUGUAGAGUCUUUAGGGCCCGGCAUUCCUUUUCUCCUCAAAACCUCAUCCUAAGUGUCAUGUACAUAUCAGGUUUUAUUUUCAGGUUGACAAAUUGUUUCUUCAAGGUAAUCGAUCGUGAAAUGAUUGCUUCAUUGUUCAAGGCCCUAUAGCUACUCAUUGCUUUGCUUGAUUCAAAUAGAACGACUAUUACUACUUGUUCAAUUUCAUUGUGCUCAGUCUCUAUCUGAAAUUUCAAAUUGCAAUUACCGUUCUUAUUUGUUUCUUCAGUUGCAGGCCCUCAUGGUAAGCUCAACUGCACAUUACAGUUGAUAACAUCAAUGAGCAGGAUGUAGUGAGUGUUCUGGCAUCACCGAUCGUUCUGUUGGUAGUCUGCCUCACAAACUUUGUGCUUUACCAAAGCCUUGGCUGCACCUCAUUUGAAAAAUCAGGCCACUGUCACAUCGGCAAGCAUGCCACAUCAAAUACCUACAACAAUGAUAGCAAAUGUAGAUUAGUUAACUGCCACAUUAAGAAUGCCUUCGCUAGAAUAAAUCUUUGCAAGCAAGCUGCUUUAACAAAUUAUGUAUACUUGGAUUGCUAGCUUUAACAAGCUAUUUUAACUACAUGUUCAUUACACAACGAUUCAUAUUCGAGAGUAACAACAUCAUUUUGAUAAGGUUUUGCAUGGUUUGUUGCCAGUGGUAGAAACCAUGUGUACUAAUUACCAAAGUUCUGGAGAGAAAGGAACCAGACGGCAACAGUGCAACAGUCAAAAUGAUCUGCAAAGAAAGUCAAUGAUGUACUGUUGCUAGCAAUAAUCAACAAUAGAAAAAUGAUCUGCAUGUUGGUGACUUGUCCAAAUCAACAAUAGCUCCUAGCCUUUCUUUAUUAACUAGGAAUAUAUUAUUUACUACUGGUGUUGACAACUAAUCAAUUGCAAUAAGUAACGUGUUAGGUUAGUGUGGACAUAGAAAAAAAAUACUUAGUUUUAAAACACAUAUCACAAUUAUUUAUUUUUGUUGAUAGCAUUGCAUGUGGACAUACUCUGCUAAUAUGCUUCUUGCUCCAUUUACUUUAACAAGUUUUGGUGAACUUAAGUCAUUGUGCCCUGCAGCCUGUCUUGUUUCAAAAUAUAAUAUUGGCAAGGGGGUGACAAACCAGGUUGUCAGGGUUCUCAGGCCUUAUCAGGAAUCAUAGUUGCCACACACACACACACAGAGACAUACAGAAAGUGUUGCAACAUGUGCCUCAACAAUUUCCUUGUUCCAGCAAUCCAGGGUCGCUUUACCUCCCCUGCCUGAACACUCUAUGCUGCAGGUCAACGCAAGCUCACUCAAAGUGCUUCAACACCUCCAGCCAUCUCCAUUUUCAGAUCAGGCCACAAGCAUAGACGAUGGGGACAAUUUUAGUGUGUUUGUCAUCCAAAUGUUUAGAAAAGCUGGUUGGGAUACUGCGGGAGGAAUUUGUGAAGACAUUAUUUGUGAGAAGAGAUAUCAGGAGGCUCCGUGAAUCUCUGAAGUACUUUGAUUCUGUUCGUGAAGAUGCCGAUGCUUUGGCCUUGGAAAAUAGAGUGACAGGAACAUGGUGGAGUGAUGUGAAGGAUGUUAUGUAUGAUGUUGACGACAUUGUAGAUUUUUUGAGAGCUCACUCGUACAAGCAGCGAUGUUGUGAUCGUGUCCUGUUCUCUAGGCUGGCACAACUUCCACUUGAUUACAGGAUUGCCAGAAGAAUCAAAUAUGUAAAUGAAAGGCUUGUGCAAAUCACAAUGAACAGCAAGAUGUUUGUUCCACUGGCAAUGAGGAGUCCUCAAACUCUCCAAAGAAACGGUGUUAGUAGGUAUGUGGCUGCUUUGGUUGAUGAACUUGAUGUUGUCGGAAGAGAAAUCAAGGAAACUACUGAUGAUAUGGUUCAAAUGAUCAUUGGAUGUGGCCAUCAGAGCACCAUAUCAGUUUACGGGAUCCUAGGGAUGGGAGGAAUUGGCAAGACAACUUUAGCUCAGAAGAUAUACAAUGAUCGAAGGAUAAGGGAGAGGUUUCACCAUGUCCUUAUAUGGCUGUCAAUUUCUGAGAGCAUCUCAGAGACUGACUUGCUGAAGGAGGCCAUUGAAAAGGCAGGAGGACAGUCUUAUCAGGGCAAGAGUAAGGAUCAACUUCUACAAGCUCUACUAAAUUGUAUCACUGGACAAAGUAUCUUCCUUGUGUUGGAUAAUAUGACAAGUUCACAUAUCUGGAUUGAUCUUCUUCGGUCCCCAAUAGAGAGAUGUGCGGAUGCCCAUGUACUUGUUACCACAAGGAGCCGUGAUGUUUUGUCACAGAUGAACGCGAUACAUGUUCACGAAGUGCACAAGCUGAAGGAACAUGAUGGCCUGGAACUUCUUCAGAUCAUUCCGAACCGAAGACGAAAUAAAUGUAUUCGGUGAUAUUGGAUCACAGAUUGUCAAGAAAUGUGAUGGGCUUCCUCUUGCCAUCAAGGCCGUUGCAGGUGUCCUGUCCUCGAAGGCAACGAAGGAAGAAUGGGCUAGAGUCCUGGAGAGCAGAUGGUGUUAUGAAGGACUUCCAGAAGAAAUACAAGGCCCCUUGUAUUUAAGUUACAAUGACUUAUCCCCACAGCUUAAGAGCUGUUUCCUCUGGUGUGCCUUGAUGCCUCAAAAUUUCCAUAUUCACCGAGAUGUCACUUACUUCUGGAUUGCUGAAGGCUUUGUGAAGAAAGAGGGCAGCAGACCGAUACAGGAGGUAGCUGAAGAUUACUACCACGAGCUAAUCAUGAGAAAUCUACUGCAGGCAAGACCAGAGUACAUAGACAAGGGAAUUUCUACCAUGCAUGAUCUACUAAGGUUGCUUGGCCAAUACUUGACAAGAGACGUAGCCGUGUUCAUGGAUGAGGACGAAACCCCUCCAAAUGUUCGGCGUUUAGCGGUUGGCAACGCCGUUGAGGAAAUACCUGGUAUACAAGACCAGAAAAACCUACGGUGCCUCCUAGUGUAUCACCACGACGCAUGCAGAUCAGUCAAGAGGGACAUUUACAGGAAGCUGGAGCAUCUUCGCAUCUUAAUUCUAGUUGGAGCAGGCCUCCAGAGCAUACCAGAGUCAGUUGGGCACCUGGUGCUGUUGAGGCUGCUGGAUGUCAGCUGUAAUGAAGAAAUCAAGCAACUUCCGGGAUCCAUCGGAAACCUUACCUGCCUUGAACACCUCUCAGUGUCUGGUUGCGAAAAAUUGGCAUCGCUGCCGGCGAGUCUGAUGACGCUGUCCACGAUAAGCUUCCUCAAUAUAGGUGGCACAGCACUGACCCCAAGUUCCCAAAGGGAUCGGUAAUUUCCGAUGCAUGGAUAAUCUUCGAUCAGUUUUCCAAGAUGGUACUGGCGGGUUCCGAUUGGAUGAACUAGAUAGUCUCUCCAAGAUACGGCGCCUCUUGCUGAUCAAGCUGGAGAAAGCCUCACCGCCAGCUUCACCCGUGUUGUGCAACAAGCGUCACCUCAAAGAGCUCGGCCUUACCUGUACAAUGGGUGAAGAAGCUGAUUGUCGAACCAGCUACGAGGACAGUGAAGUGAAGAACAUCGAGGAGAUCUACAACAAGCUCUGUCCAUCACGAAAAUUGCAGUACAUCUUUAUAGAUGGGUUCCCUGGUGACGCGUUUCCAAAAUGGUUAUCUUCAGAGCCGCAGGACACACUGCCGAACCUGGCUCAUUUGCACUUCAACCACUGAAUAUCUUGUCCAGAGCUUCCGCCUGCAGGCCAGCUACCAAUGUUGCAGGUUCUUCAUGUCAAAGGGGCUGAUGCAGUUGUGAGCAUUGGCCAUGAACUCUUUGGUAAAGGGGUAGUGUCUCCAACACAUACCAUUAUAUUUCCAAAGCUUGAGCUGCUUGAGAUCGUUGACAUGUACAACUGGCAGAGUUGGUCGGUUAGCACAGAAAGCUUGUCUGAUGGCACAUCGGAAACCAUCUCACGAUCAGUCUUUCUUAUGCCAUGCAUCAGGUACCUGCAGCUGAUAAAUUGCCCAAAACUGAGAGCUCUCCCCGAAGAUCUGCACAGAAUUGUUAACCUACGAAGGGUUCUUAUAGAAGGUGUGCACAGCCUGCAGGAAAUCGUCUACCAUCCCGGAAUCGUCUGGCUCAAGGUCAAGAACAAUAAAAGCUUGAGGAGGAUAUCCAAUCUUUCUAAGUUGCAACUCUUACUUGCGCAGGACUGCUCGGAAUUGCAGCAGGCUGAGGAGCUUAGCUCGCUGAAAACCUUGUACAUGGUCGACUGUCCAAUGGAGCAAAUGUUCUGGGAUUGUUUCUCCAA